AAGUCUGAUUUGUGUGUUGUGUGUUUCAUUGAGAUUCGUAGGUUAAGAUCGAUUAAAAGAGGGCAUAACUUUUAAAAUUCAAGUGUAAAUAUGAUGUGAAACUACAUAAAUUCUUGUGUGAGAGACUCUGUCUGAAAUCAACUAAAGAUGUGUCAUUAAAAGUAUACGUUAAAAAAGAUGACGUUGGCGUUAGUCUACACCAGAAAAAUUACUUACGUGUAUAUGCAUAGAUGAUUACAAGUGAUGAUUCCCCCAAAGGAUUGGAGAAAAGCUUUAAAAUCACAACCAGCUUAUAGAAUUGUUAAUAGGACAAUAUGUUGCCAGACGUUCUUUGUGUAUUCAGUGGGCCUAACGGGAAUAAUUUUAUUAUUUUUCUUAUACACACAUUCUUCAACUGGUACCAGUAGUUCAUAUUAUAGAAGAAGUAAUUAUAAUUAUACCUAUCCAAUAACUAGGCCGAUAAAGACAAAAACUAUGCACACUUUCAGAAUAGGUAUAAUUGCAGAUUUAGAUCAAAGUUCACAUAGUAAAAAAGAAUCGGAUACUUGGUAUUCAUACUUCAAAACUGGAUAUUUAACGUACAAUCCUCAAACACAUCAUGUAGUAGUUAAUUGGGAUCAAAAGGAAGCAGAUAUGCUUAAAACAAGUUAUGCUCUUAAAGGUAGAGGGUUAGAGUUGUCAGAAUUGGUUACAUUUGAUGGUAAAUUAUUAACAUUUGAUGAUAGAACUGGCCUAGUGUUUGAAUUAGUGAAUAACAAAAUAAUUCCUUGGUUAAUUCUUAUGGAUGGUAAUGGAAAAACUCAAAAAGGUUUUAAGUCAGAAUGGGCUACUGUUAGAGAUGAAGUUCUUUAUGUAGGGUCAAUAGGAAAAGAAUGGACAAGUGCAGAUGGGGAAUUUGUUAAUAAUGAUCCACAAUAUAUAAAAACCAUCACCAAAGAGGGCCACAUCAAUCACAUAAAUUGGGUUGAAGAAUAUAAUAGAUUAAGAGGUAUAAUUGGAAUAAAGUGGCCUGGUUAUAUGAUCCAUGAAAGUGGACUUUGGUCAGCUGUACAUAAGAGAUGGUUUUUCCUACCAAGGCGGUGCAGUAAGGAAAAAUAUAAUGAGAGUUUAGAUGAACAUAGAGGAUGUUCAGUGCUUAUUACAGCUGAUGCAAAUGUUGAUGAUGUGAAUGUGAUAGAAAUUGGUAAUGCCAAACCAACUAGAGGUUUCUCAAGCUUUAAAUUUGUUCCCACAUCGAAUGACCAAGUGAUUGUAGCUUUAAGAACAGAAGAGUUAAAUGGAAACACUGCGACAUACAUAACAGCAUUCACCAUUGAUGGUCAUAUGCUGCUGGAAGAUGAACACAUUGCUGAUGAUAAAUAUGAAGGUUUUGAGUUCAUUUAGUAUUUCUCUAGUCAAUUGUUUUAUAUUUAAUAUGUUGUAAAUUUCAUUGUAAAAUAAAUUAUUUAAAAUC